AUGCUCGCCAUGAGCGUACCAGCCCAGCAGAAACCUGGAGCAAAACGAACAGGCAAGCGUAUCACAUUUUUUGCCGACCCCUCUGGAGCCAUGAAGGAAACAGUUCAGCACCCUGAAGGGUCCUACUACAAUGAACCUGGGAAAACUGAGGUAGUGACAGGCAUGACAUCUAAUCCGGAGGGCCAUCGCAUGUACCUCAACUCUGUCAUCUUCAGCCCUGACAAGGGUGAACAGAAUAGGAGUCACUAUCAGCAGACGGUCCCGAUGAAGUGGGCCCAGCAGGAAUCUGGUGGGCAGCAGCAGAGGUCCACAGCCUGGACCACAGUGGCCAACUGGGGACAGAAUUUUGCCAACUACUUGACUGACUCCAGGAACCAGACAACCUUUGUGAAACCCACCCAAGUCACUGGAGAUAAGGCUGUAGAAAAACAAUUGGUGGGGCCUGACCCUGUAGCGGACGUAUACCCAGAUACAGUUAAGGCAAGAGACCUCGAGUGGGAACAUCAGCAGCAUCAGUCCCAGGCCUUUCAGGACACCCUGAAACCUGGGGCGUUGAACCCCCAACCGAACAGUACGUCACACCCAGCAGGGAGCUCGGUCUUACAGCCGUUUCAGUUGGCCUUUGGGCAGCCCCGGCAGCACCUGCCCGCCUACUACCAAAGCUUCCAAGGCAACGCCAGAUUGCCCAACCCACCCAACUACUCUGUGCGGGCCAGGCCUUUACAGCAGAACCUCAUCCAGCAACAGCUUCAACAGCAGCAGCAGCAGAUCAUUCUCCAGCAGCAGCAGCAGCUUCAAAUGCAACGUCAGCAGUUGCAACAACAAAGCCAGCAUGUGCUCGACUACUACCCCCCCAACGCCCACUCCCACCCGCAGCUUGUACACUCCCAGGAGCCGUCGUUGGCGGCUGCUCCCCCUCAGAUCGAGGAACCACUCAUCCAGGACAUCACUCCUGAACCACCUCCGCUUCCCUCUCUCCUGUCAGAUCCCUUGUCCCAGACACAGAAUCUCCGCAGGUCACGGCGCCUCUCCAAGGAAGGUGGCGCGCCGUCGGAUGACAUCCCCUUCCCGGGUGACUCGGCGAUGCAGCUCCCUCAUAACGGGACGCGUGUUGAGGACGCUGACAUCCUAGCUACCUCGACAGGUGUCAUCCAGAGCACGUCGCAGCGGAAGCGCAGGGUGUCACAGGAGGUCAACUUGGAAACUCUUGCACAGAAGGCCUCAGAGAUGGAAACCCUGCCAUCACAGUGUGACAAGGAGCCGCACAGACCUUGGGCCCCCCCCCAACCAGGCGAUUCGAACACCAAGCAAGCUCGAGAUGAUGGUCUGCUCCCACUUGUCAUCCCCGUGUCGGUUCCAGUGCGCCGCCUGGACCUGGCUUCGUAUCCCGAUGGCAUGCCACCAGUGUCCGACUUGCCCCCUCCGCCGCCGCCCAGAACCUCCAACCCGCUGGAGAUCACCGGCGCUGAGCGCAAGCCGUCAGUCAUCGUCACACGACGGCGUUCGUUGAGGAACUCGCUAACGGAAGGGUUGGAACAGGUCAGAAACCAGGGCAACAAAGGAAACGGCGACGACGACAUGAAAAAGCUAAAGCGACGACCCCGCCCUGAACCCCUUUUCAUCCCACCGCCAAAAUCUGGCGUCUUUGUGGCGCCAACCGCCGUCUUUGCCGCUGUCACACCCUACCAGAGCCAUCUGCGCUCACCCGUCCGCCUGGCAGACAACCCUCUUGCCAUGCCGCCCUACACGCCGCCGCCCAUCCUCAGCCCUGUGCGCGAGGGUUCCGGCCUCUACUUCUCUACUUUCCUGUCGGCUGGGGGGCCGCUGUCCGCCACGCCCAAGUCGGCCACUCGCAGCCUGCUCUGCUCAAGUAGCAGCGAUGUAACUCCUCCGGUUUUGUCUGCAGUGAGCGAGCCCACUCCAGUCAGCAUUGAGCCCCGGAUCAAUUUGGGGUCACAGUACCAGGCAGAGGUCCCGGAACUGAGGCCGCGCUCACUGGUUAAACUUGACACACACCGAGCAGAUCUGCUCUGGGCUCCGCGGAGCGAGCUAGAAGACAAGCUGGACUACCACAAAAGAGUGAAAGACCUGAUGCACCUGGCAUGUUCCAGUGCUUUGUACGGAGGAGGCAGCAACCAGGAGCUGGCCCACCAUUGUCUGCAUGAGUGCAAUGGUGACAUCAUGGCUGCUUUAUCGCUCCUCAUGCUCAGAGAUCCUGUGUUGCCAAAGUCCCAUUUGUUAUCAAACUACCACUACUCAGGAUCUGACAAGUGGUCUGCGGCUGAGCGAUGUCAGUUCAAUAAAGGCAUGGCCACCUACAAAAAGGACUUCUUCAUGGUGCAGAAACAGGUGAGCACCAAGACAGUGGCACAAUGCGUAGAAUUUUACUACUCGUACAAGAAGCACACAAAGGUCGGACGCAACGGAACACUGAUCUACGGCGAGGUUCCGCCGCCUGGCGGUGGGACAACCGAAGAGGUGACAAACCAAAAGGCUUCUCACAGACUGCAGCAGCUGCGGGAAGAGGACAGCAGAAAGUGGGAAGGCUCAGCUGACAGGAAGCAGGACGUCGGUCCCGUCGGGGUGCUGCCGUCGGCUGAAAAUUCCACCACCGUUCUGAUCAUGAGGGCCCAAGAGGACACGGUAGGCAGGGAUCGACCACCGCCACCGAACGUCAUCGGCCCCCCGACGGGCAACAAGGGCGCUGGCGCCCCUGAGGGAGAGUUCCCCUGCAAGAAAUGCGGCAGGGUGUUCUACAAGGUGAAAAGCCGCAGCGCACACAUGAAAAGCCACGCUGAGCAGGAGAAGAAAGCCGCCGCGCUGCGUCAGAGGGAGGCAGAGGACCGCGCCCGGGCUGCGCAGGCCGCCGCCCGAGCCGCCGCUUUCACUGCUGCCCGGCAACAGAACGGCACACAAGCGGGCGGUGACAGCGAGGACGACGACACGUCGGUCACCGAGGGGGACGACGAUGACUGGCAGUGA